CUUACUUCUUUCAGAGGUUUAUUCAUAACACAUCUCUUGCAAAACAGCUAAACAGUUCCCCUGUACAGCGUGAGUAAGACGAUUUAAUUAAAAUGGAUAUCUCUUCUGAAGACUAUGACAACUACUCCAGUGCAUAUGAUUACUAUGCUUUUGAGGAGACACCCCAUGAUUCUGCAUUCCCUCAUGCGCUCCACAUCGUGUCCAUUGUAAUCUACUCCUUGGCAUUUAUUUUAGGAGUUCCUGGAAAUGCUAUGGUCAUCUGGUUUACUGGCUUCCGAUGGGAAAAAACUGUCAGCACUCUUUGGUUUCUCAACUUGGCCAUUGCUGAUUUGAUCUUCGUUUUAUUCCUUCCCUUGCAUAUCACUUAUGUAGCCACUGACUUUCACUGGCCUUUUGGAAAAUAUUUCUGCAAGAUCAACUCUUUCAUUGCUCUGCUCAACAUGUUUGCUAGUGUUUUCUUCCUUACUGUGAUUGGCCUGGAUAGGUACCUGUUUUUGGCUCACACAAGGUUUGUACAGAGACACAGGACUCUAAGAAAAUCUAUGAUUUUGAAUGGAAUUGUCUGGAUAUGCGCUGGCAUUAUUGCUGCUCCUGCACUUUAUUACAGAGACACAACUGAAAUUGGCAACUCAGUCACCAUCUGCUUCAACAACUUCCAUGACUAUGACCAUUCUGUCAUGAAGAGGACUCACACUGCUCUUACACUAAUAAGGUUCUUUAUUGGAUACCUUUUUCCUCUUUUGACUAUGAUUUUGUCUUACUCGUUACUUGCCAUCAGGAUAAAGGACAAAAAUGCACUGGGUUGUAGUAAAUUCUUCUGGACUGUCUUUUCUAUUGUCGUUGCUUUUUUUGUUUGUUGGACUCCCUACCAUAUUUUUAGUUUGCUGGAGCUGAACAUCCAUCACAGUCCUGAAUUCCGUGAGUGGAUUAGAAUUGGUAUGCCUAUAUCCACAAGUCUGGCCUUUAUUAACAGUUGCCUUAACCCAAUCAUUUAUGUUCUUAUAAGCAAGGCAUUCAUGGUACAUUUGGAAGCCUCAGUAGCAGAGAUAUUUAAAUACACACUUCGAGAUAUAAGUCAGACAGGUGUUAAAAGUGAGCAGCGGGUAGACUCCAAAAGCAAUCCAACUGUCUGUGAGACAGUGUGGUGAGACAGUAUGGUGAAUAAAAGGAGAAAUGAGAAUAAAUAAUUCUACAAUUUUCCAUUUUCUUAUGUCCCAACAGUGUUGAAUAACAAACAAUGUAUACACAAAAGUGCAGCUGUUUAUUUUGUAAACCAGGAAACAUCUACAGCUUAAAUGUAAUUACCAAUCACUAUCCUUGGCAAUUUAGUUUCCUUAAAACUAUAGUAGCUAAAAAUAUUUAUUUCUAAGGUCCUUAUAACAACUUUUAAUACAGUGUAACAGAGCAUAUAUCUGGGUGACUUGUAAAGAAAUUUGGACACUAGCAGCUACAGGUAUAUUUGCUUUUUACACUCCUGAAAAAAAUCAACACUUACUGGCUCUGCUUGAUCAUAUUUGGAGUAGUUUAUCUGUGCCAGUGACUGCCAUUGAUUGUGUUUGCUACUAGCAGUGCAAUAAGCAAGCACUGAUAUACUGAUAUAUUCUUGACACUAUAUCUUUUACUAUAGCAGUAGUGAGUUAUGUUAUUGUAGCACUUGUAUAUUUUAUCUCAUUUUUUCUUUUGAUAAUGACAUUAACCUGUUACGUUCUAUCACAAAGUAUUACCAUUAGUAAUCCAGCCAUACACCUCACUGAAAGAUCUGUUCAUUUUUGCGGCUAGCAGAUCUUUGUAUGACAUGGAACCCGAGAUGCUGGGGAAACAUGGACUGAUCCAAUGAUCAGAGUGUCUUUAUUUAGAAUUACUCCAUGUCCAAGCUCACUAUUAAGGAUUUAUUCAGGUCAGAAGGGGGCUGUUUUGGUCCCAUACAGGGGAAGAUAAGCUGCAAGCUUGUCAAUGAGUGGCCAAUUUGACUGGAAAUAUUGGCCCAUGUAUGAACAUCUUUAUUAUGAACCCUUUCGUUGUAUAUUUUAUAAAUAUAUCACUCAAUUUCCUUACUAUAGCGUUCAUUCUACCAAAAUAAUACUUUGUAGUACAGGUAGAAAGGUCUAUUGAUUUUGUUCUUCGUGAGCAGACAGAAUCUUUGAAGUAAAAGUAACGUAGGUGUUAAAAUGCACUACUACAGUUACCCAUAGCAUACAUUUGGAUAUUUGUUUUUAAAAUGUAACUUGCAGACCUGCACCAAAACGAAUUGCCAAAAGGUUAUUAUUGGUAACUACACAGGAAAAUUUUACCUAUUACAGUAAGGUAACCCCACUACUAAUGUAGUAACAUGGGCUAAAUUUGCCCUAACCCUAGCAACCAGUGAUUUCAUCGAUGUACCUGCUAUAGUUUAGUUAAAUGUAGCUGUUGAUUUGUUGCUGUGUUAUUAGACUGGGACACAAUACUGAGCGGCAAGAAGCCAUCCAGCAAUAAACCUUGAUCAGUCUAGCAUGGUUAGAAUGUUGAAAGCAAAUUUUUCAUUGGCUGCUAUGGGUUAUUGGACCUUGGCAAGAUGUUGCAUAUAUUGAUAGUUUAGCAACAAGUACCUUUAGCAGAGUACAAGGAGUUCAAACAGGAAUCAAAGCAAAGCUACUGUGACUGCAAGUUCACUUACGAAAGGGGUUUGAAAAAAGAACAAAGUAAUGAACAAAAGAAAGAAAAAUAGAAGAAAACUGCAUUGACAUAUCUGACCAAUUGCAGAAUUUUAUUGACAUUUAUAUCCAGUGUUUGUAAAAAUUGUAUUUUUAAAUAAAGAUAUGAAGCACAUGACAGAAAAUUAUUUGAACUUCAGGUAUCCACAUACCACACAGCUUUCCCAUGGACUGGUCAAAGAAUAAAUCAUGUCUUAUAUUGA